AGAGAGUCUGUGUCCCCGGCAGAGACGGUAUAUUACAGAGACAGCUCUCCGUGGAUUUUACCUUCUUCCCCUGACAAGCCGAUGAGAAAUCUCAUAAUGGUUCUGCUGUUGCUGCUGCUGGUCCCAGUCCUGCAUUGCGCUGAAGCCUCCCAGGAAAAUAAGCGCGGAACAGCAUUUGUCUCAGGGGCGGCCGAACUCAAGUGCAAUUUCAACAAUUCAAAGAAUAUCUCUUGGAAAGAUUUAACUUUAUACUGGCAAAUAGGUACUGUGAAGAUGGUAAACACCAUAAGAUUUGGCAAGGAGGAAAGGAAGUGGAAUUCUAAAAACUACACAAUGGUUUUCCAGCCUAACGGCGACCUGACCUUGUACAAUAUAACUUUACAAGACAUGGCAAUAUAUACCUGCCUUGUAAUCAGUGAUUCAGACAAAGUACACGAAUCUACGUUCCAGCUGGAUGUCAUUGCUAACUUCACUAAACCAGAAAUUGAAAACAGUUCCAUAUCAACGACGAUAACGUUAAAUCAGGGAGAUACUGUAGACCUGCGCUGCUCAUCAGGAAAUGGUUUUCCAGAGCCUCAGAAAAUGUUCUGGAAAGUUUCUGAUGAAAAUAGAACAACCCCAUAUUACCCAGAACAUAAAAUUAUUAAUAUAAGCUCAGCGUUCAACAUCUCUAGCUCCCUGUCCUGGAAGGUGGAGCACAGCAUCAACAUCACCUGUGUCUUGGUGGCUCAUGGUGGGGAAUCAUCUUCCACAGCACUGGAAAUAGAGGUGCGUAAGAAACCACGAGAAACAGGUCACAAUUACGCCAUCAUCUCAAGUGCAAUCGCAACGAUAAUCAUCCUCACCAUGGCCGGUAUCAUCUUAUUCAUAUGUCUAAAAAACAAGCACGGGAUCUGCAAUAGAGAUGUCCCCCAUAGAGAAGAGGAAAUGCGCACUUUAAGAAGUGAUGGUAAUAACCAACCAGUCCCUACCCAGAUUACCACAGCGAACGAGACAGCAAAUGGGUCUUCCUGAGAAAAGCUAUGAACAAAUUCAGUUGUGAACUUUGGUCCAUUCCUAUGAAGUAAAAUUGAUGCCGUAAGGUGCAAACUGAAGUACAACCUCUGCUGCAAUCCUUUCUAUGAUGCUAUGAAGGGUAACGUCAUUCCUGGACGAUAAGCGAAGGGAAUGAUGGAUCAUCUCAGAAAGGGAAACCACUCCAACCUGCCAUAUGGAACAGACAUAAGCUUUAUUUAAUUAAUUCUGCACUUUACUGGCAGGUUAGGUCUUGAAGCGGCGAUGAGCGAAAGUUUUAACACUGUUCCACAACUAUUCACCUCAUUCGGUAUUUUGCUGUGGAAUUUCCCACAUUUUUCGGUCAGAAGUUUGUCCUGCAAUGUCCUGCAUGGAUUCCUGCGGCAAAGUGACGCUUUCGUGCCCCGCUCUGUUUGUACAAUAUACACAUUGCGCAGAAUACUAUUAUUCAGAUGGUACCCCUGGAACUUGGCGCCUUCGUGAAACAGCAUAAAGUGUCGCAUGACUUGAGCCGCUACCACUUCGAUUGCCUCAGGCUAUGUCAUGUUAUAAAAAGGGAGUUGUGAUGUCAAUAUGAGGUGACGGACUUGGGGAAAAAAAGGACAGACGUAUUUCUAACAUUGUGACGUUGUUUGUUGCGUUUCCAUUGUAAGGGGAGGCCCACAGUUAGAAUGUGUGAGCGUAACACGAAUCUCUGUCGUUUGACAGAAACUAAUGUAAAAGUAGCCACAAAUAAUUCAAAAAUCUUAUUUUGUGUAGUUAUUUUUAUUUUGGAAAAGGGAUUGGCCCACAGGCCGCAACAUUUCAGCGUGAGAAUAUUCUAUUUUUAGUUUUUCUCUCUCUUUUAAGCCAAUAUACUAUGCAGAUAGAUACCGCACAUAAAUGUUCAUAGAAACGUUUGAAGGUCAGUGAUUGUUCUAGAACAGGGGUGGGGAACCUGCGGCCCACCAGCUGUUUUUGAACUAUACAUCCCAGCUUGCCAUGCAAGGCCAAAUAGCAAAACUGUAGCAGGGCAUGCUGGUAUGUGUAGUUCAACAACCGCUGGAGGGACAAAGGUUCCCCACCCCUGUUCUAGAACUACAAAUGGAGCCACGCUAAUGAUGGCUUCGUCUGUGCCUGUGUCUGUGCGUGCCGCCCAUUGCAGUGUCUGGGCCGCGUGCGUCCGUGACGUGCACGCACCCCUUUCACUACAAUGGGAGCGUCUCUGUGCUCUCCCGUAGCGGGGCUAGGUGCCGGAUCGCCUAGUCCUGCCGGGAGUGCACGUCUGCGAUGGAGCCGCACUAGAUAGUGCAGCGCCAUCUGUAUAAGGUGAAAAAAAGACUUUGCUGUAUGUUUUCAAAGUAUUAUUUUCUAUAUCACAGGUUCUCAAACUCGGUCCCCAGGACCCCACACAGUGCAUGUUUUGCAGGUCUCCUCACAGUAUCACAAGUGACAUAAUUAGCUCCACCUGUGGACCUUUUAAAAUGUGUCAGUGAGUAAUUAAUACACCUGUGCACCUGCUGGGUUACCUGCAAAACAUGCACCAUGUGGGGUCCUGAGGACCGAGUUUGAGAACCACUGUUCUAUAUUAUAUUGCACCCGGAACCUGUCCACUAAGCUGCUGCCUAUUCUAGUUAUAUAUAUAUAUAUAUAUAUAUAUAUAUAUAUAUAUAUUAACAACAUAACAAAUCA